AUGAGACACAAGGCUAAAAUACAGGCCAUUAAGGCUAAAACACGGGGCAUUGAGGCUAAAACAAAGGGCAUUGAGGCUAAAACAAAGGCCAUUGAGGCUAAAACACUUGGCAUUGAGGCUAAAACACGAGGCAUUGAGGCUAAAACAAAGGGCAUUGAGGCUAAAACAAAGGGCAUUGAGGCUAAAACAAAGGCCAUUGAGGCUAAAACAAAGGCAAUUGAGGCUAAAACAAAGGCCAUUGAGGCUAAAACAAAGGCCAUUGAGGCUAAAACAAAGGCCAUUGAGGCUAAAACAAAGGGCAUUGAGGCUAAAACAAAGGGCAUUGAGGUUAAAAAACGGGGCACUGAGGCUAAAACAAAGGCCAUUGAGGCUAAAACAAAGGCCAUUGAGGAAAUUGAGGCUAAAACAAAGGCCAUUGAGGCUAAAACAAAGGCCGUUGAGGCAAAAACAAAGGCCAUUGAGGCUAAAACAAAGGCCAUUGAGGCUAAAACACGGGGCAUUGAGGCUAAAACACGGGACAUUGAGGCUAAAACAAAGGCCAUUGAGGCUAAAACAAAGGCCAUUGAGGCUAAAACAAAGGGCAUUGAGACUAAAACAAAGGCCAUUGAGGCUAAAACACGGGGCAUUGAGGCUAAAACAAAGGUCAUUGAGGCUAAAACAAAGGUCAUUGAGGCUAAAACAAAGGCCAUUGAGGCUAAAACAAAGGGCAUUGAGGCUAAAACAAAGGGCAUUGAGGUUAAAAAACGGGGCACUGAGGCUAAAACAAAGGCCAUUGAGGCUAAAACAAAGGCCAUUGAGGAAAUUGAGGCUAAAACAAAGGCCAUUGAGGCUAAAACAAAGGCCGUUGAGGCAAAAACAAAGGCCAUUGAGGCUAAAACAAAGGCCAUUGAGGCUAAAACACGGGGCAUUGAGGCUAAAACACGGGACAUUGAGGCUAAAACAAAGGCCAUUGAGGCUAAAACAAAGGCCAUUGAGGCUAAAACAAAGGGCAUUGAGACUAAAACAAAGGCCAUUGAGGCUAAAACACGGGGCAUUGAGGCUAAAACAAAGGGCAUUGAGGCUAAAACAAAGGGCAUUGAGGCUAAAACAAAGGGCAUUGAGACUAAAACAAAGGCCAUUGAGGCUAAAACAAAGGGCAUUGAGGCUAAAACAAAGGGCAUUGAGACUAAAACAAAUGCCAUUGAGGCUAAAACAAAGGCCAUUGAGGCUAAAACAAAGGCCAUUGAGGCUAAAACAAAGGCCAUUGAGGCUAAAACACGGGGCAUUGAGGCUAAAACAAAGGGCAUUGAGGCUAAAAGAAAGGCCAUUGAGGCUAAAACAAAGGCCAUUGAGGCUAAAACACGGGGCUUUGAGGCUAAAACAAAGGUCAUUGAGGCUAAAACAAAGGCCAUUGAGGCUAAAACAAAGGCCAUUGAGGCUAAAACAAAGGCCAUUGAGGCUAAAACAAAGGCCUUUGAGGCUAAAACAAAGGCCUUUGAGGCUAAAACAAAGGCCAUUGAGGCUAAAACACGGGGCAUUGAGGCUAAAACAAAGGCCAUUGAGGGUAAAACAAAGGCCAUUGAGGCUAAAACAAAGGUCAUUGAGACUAAAACAAAGGCCAUUGAGGCUAAAACAAAGGCCAUUGAGGCUAAAACAAAGGCCAUUGAGGCUAAAACAAAGGCCAUUGAGGCUAAAACAAAGGGCAUUGAGGCUAAAACAAAGGCCAUUGAGGCUAAAAGAAAGCCCAUUGAGGCUAAAACACGGGGCACUGAGGCUAAAACAAAGGCCAUUGAGGCUAAAACAAAGGCCAUUGAGGCUAAAACAAAGGCCAUUGAGGCGGCCAUUGAGGCUAAAACAAAGGCCAUUGAGGCUAAAACACGGGGCAUUGAGGCUAAAACAAAGGCCAUUGAGGCUAAAACAAAGGGCAUUGAGGCUAAAACAAAGGCCAUUAAGGCUAAAACAAAGGCCAUUGAGGCUGAAACACGGGGCAUUGAGGCUAAAACAAAGGCCAUUGAGGCUAAAACAAAGGCCAUUGAGGCUAAAACAAAGGCCAUUGAGGCUAAAACAAAGGCCAUUGAGGCUAAAACAAAGGCCAUUGAGGUUAAAACAAAGGCCAUUGAGGCUAAAACACGGGGCAUUGAGGCUAAAACAAAGGCCAUUGAGGCUAAAACAAAGGCCAUUGAGGCUAAAACAAAGGCCAUUGAGGCUAAAGGCCAUUGA